AAGAGAGUGAAGAUGAGGAAGAGAAUGAAGAUGAGGAAGAGAAUGAAGAUGAGGAAGAGGAUGAUGAUGAGCAAGGAGAGGGGACUGGGCAAACCAAGGACCAGCAGAAAGAUGAAUAUUUAUCACGUGGUUUGAGCGCAUCCGACUCUAGAGGUACGAACAAAGGUACCUCUACUUACGCCCGACAGUUUGGGUGUAUGCCAAGUCACGAUUACAAACAAGAGGUCCAACUGGCGAACGAGGAUGGGGUGCUGCGUUGGAUUCGCGAGUACGUCAUAGACAACUUCGAUCGGAGGGCGGCAAUGAAGGCUCUCUACAGAGUGGGAUAUGAGAGAACCAUUGAGUUUGACUUGACUGGCUUGCCGUAUGAGUCAAUAAACGAGGAUUUGCUCGGCAGACUCGGCAACGUCUUGCACUUUGAAGGGCGGUUGAAAUAUGUUGCACUGCCGCGGCUGACUGUCGCGAACGAUGCAGAUGAAAUCAGUGAAGUGAUUGGGGUCAACGAUCAGGGACAACAAGAUAUGAUUGUCGAGCGGUAAGUGACCAAGACAUACCAAGUUGACUCUUCCGUAGAUGAUG